AUCCCUAGAAUUCAAACUCCUCCCGUACCAAAAACAGCCUCCUUGUGAGCAGUUGAUUAACUCAGAAAUCGCCGCCGUCCCCAUUUUUUCAAUCAGUUCCAAUAUUUAGGGUAUAGUGGGGUUGGUGAUUUCUUCAAAUUUUUCUCCUGUUCUUUAUUAGGUUUACAAAUUAUUAGCUGAUUUAUUUAUCUCAUUCGUUUUCCUCGGGGUUUUAGAGUUUAAGGAAAAAGAGAUAAAAAAACUUCAGCUACCGUACUAAUUCCCACUAGGGUUUAUAUUUCGGGUUUUGUGCUUCUUCUUCUCUUCGAUGAAAGACGAAGAAUUGCGAUACUAUAUUUCCUCCCUUGUCGAAUUACGAAAGUUUUGAAUGUCCAGUGGUUCAACAUUUGGUUAUUCAACAAAUCUCACUCCCAAGUUUGAUUGCUCGAUUAUCUCAAAAUAUAAACAACCAUCGAUUUCCCAACAAUUCCGAUUAUCGAGAAAUCCUACAGGUAUGUGGCGAAACCUUGCAAAACGAGCAGUUUCUUCGAGGAAACUGAUGAAAUCAUGGGAAAUUUCCGUCUUUCAGGAAAAAAUUAGACCCUUUGAGCUGACUUCAUUUCCUCGGAAUAGGGAAGUAUCAUUUCAGGUUAAUGACAUUGGGAAAUCAUAUUUUUGGUGUCUCAGUGAUACUUCAAUUGGGUUUUCUGGGAUGUUGAGCCAUCCUAAGAGUUAUGCUAGUGUCGCCGAGGCUAUUUCUGCGACCGAUACUGAGGAAGAUACAUCUGUAGGGGAUGAAAUUCAGGGAUUGUUGAAGGAAAUAAGCAAAGAAGGUCAGGGGAAUUUUCAAUCUAAGCAAAGUAAGCGUCCCAAAAUGGUAGCUGGAGUUGCAAUUGGUAAAUAUCAUAUACUUAAAAGGAGACAGAUGAAAAUAGAAACGGAGGCAUGGGAACAAGCAGCCAAGGAAUACAAGGAGCUUCUUGCAGACAUGUGCGAACAGAAAUUGGCUCCAAAUUUGCCUUACAUGAAGUCAUUGUUUCUCGGUUGGUUUGAGCCGUUGCGUGAUUCCAUUGCUUCUGAACAAGAGCUUUGUAAGAAAGGGAAGAGUAGGGCUGCUUAUGCGCCAUAUUUUGACCAGUUGCCUGCUGAAAUGAUGGCUGUUAUUACGAUGCAUAAGUUGAUGGGACUGUUGAUGACAGCGGGAGACGAAGGUGGUGCCAGGGUGGUUCAAGCUGCUUGUCAUAUUGGCGAAGCCAUUGAACACGAGGUUAGGAUAUACAGUUUUUUGGAGAAAACAAAACUGAAGGCGUCUCAAGAUAAGGAAAAAGAAGGUGGUGAACCUGAUCUUGCAGCCAAAGAACAAGCAAAAUUGAGGAAUAAAGUAACAAACUUGAUGAAAAAGCAAAAGUUAAAACAAGUGAGGCACAUAGUGAAGGGACAGGAUGAUGUAAAGCCUUGGGGCCAGGAUGCUCAAGCCAAGGUUGGGAGCCGUUUAAUUGAAUUGUUGGUCCAGUCAGCUUAUAUACAACCACCUAUUGAUCAGUUAGCAGAUGGUCCACCUGAUAUCCGACCAGCAUUUAAACAUACUUUAAGAACUGUAAAGAAAGAUGGACAGAAAAUUAGCAGAAGAUAUGGGAUGAUUGAGUGUGAUCCACUGGUUCGCCAAGGGAUGGAAAGAACAGCAAGGCACAUGGUGAUUCCUUAUAUGCCGAUGUUGAUACCACCAGCCAAGUGGAUCGGGUAUGACAAAGGUGCAUAUUUGUUUUUGCCAUCUUAUGUGAUGCGCACACAUGGAGCAAAGCAGCAGCGUGAAGCAGUUAAGCAAACACCGCAGAAGCAGAUUGGACCAGUAUUUGAGGCCCUAGAUACCCUUGGGGAUAUAAAAUGGCGAGUUAACAAGAGGUUACUUGGAGUAGUAGACAGAGUAUGGGCUAGUGGAGGCAAAGAUGCUGGUUUAGUUGAGCGCGAUGAUGUUCCUCUACCAGAGGAACCAGCGACAGAAGAUGAAGCGGAACUCAGGAACUGGAGAUGGAAAGUCAAAAAAGUUAAGAAAGAGAACAGUGAGAGGCAUUCUCACCGGUGCGAUCUGGAACUCAAACUAGCCGUAGCCCGUAAAAUGAAGGCCGAGGAUGGUUUCUAUUAUCCACACAACCUUGACUUCCGAGGUCGUGCAUAUCCCAUGCAUCCAUAUUUAAACCAUCUUGGCUCAGAUUUAUGCCGAGGUAUCCUCGAAUUUGCAGAGGGACGCCCUCUUGGAAAGUCAGGCUUGCGAUGGUUGAAAAUACAUCUGGCGAAUUUGUUUGCUGCUGGUGGCGUCGAUAAACUUUCUUAUGAGGGUCGAAUAGCGUUCACAGAAAGCAACUUGGAUAAUAUAUUUGAUUCUGCAGACAGACCGCUCGAGGGUAACAAAUGGUGGUUGAAGGCAGAGGAUCCAUUCCAAUGCUUGGCCGUUUGCAUGAAUCUCUCAGAAGCACUGAGAAGCUCUUCACCAGAAACCACUAUCUCACACAUUCCUGUGCACCAGGAUGGCUCGUGCAAUGGCUUACAACACUAUGCUGCUCUGGGGAGAGAUGAAUUGGGAGCGGCUGCAGUUAAUCUGGUUGCUGGAGAAAAACCAGCAGAUGUUUACUCAGGCAUUGCUGAUAGAGUUCGUGAGAUUAUGCAGGAAGAUGCUCAGAAAGAUCCCGCUGCUGAUUCAAAUGUAUUACGUGCCAAACUGUUAAUCGAGAGGAAUUGGGUGAACAGAAAAUUGGUGAAGCAAACUGUAAUGACAUCAGUGUAUGGUGUUACUUACAUUGGUGCCCGUGAUCAGAUCAAAAAAAGGUUGAAGGAACGUGAUCCUUCUGGUGAAGAGGCUGAGCAGUUUGGUCUAGCUUGUUAUGCAGCAAAGGUCACUUUAACUGCGUUGGGGGAAAUGUUUGAAGCCGCCCGUAGUAUCAUGAGCUGGCUUGGUGACUGUGCGAAGGUGAUUGCCUUGAAAAAUCAUCCAGUGCGAUGGACCACUCCUCUUGGACUUCCUGUUGUGCAGCCUUACCGCCAAUUAGGAAGGCAUCUUAUUAAAACCUCCCUUCAAGUUUUGACUCUACAACGGGAGACUGACAAGGUCAUGGUCAAGAGGCAGAAAACAGCUUUUCCACCGAAUUUCGUCCACUCCCUUGAUGGUUCCCAUAUGAUGAUGACGGCGCUUGCUUGCAAGAGAGCCGGGUUAAACUUCGCAGGAGUUCACGAUUCAUAUUGGACGCAUGCAUGUGAUGUCGACGAAAUGAACAGGAUACUCCGCGAAAAGUUUGUUGAACUCUAUGAGCAACCUAUACUAGAAAAUUUACUGGCGAGCUUCCAGGAGUCUUUUCCUACGCUGGAAUUUCCACCUCUACCAGAGCGCGGGGACUUCAAUUUAAAAGAAGUUCUAGAGUCGCCAUAUUUCUUCAACUAAGCUACAACAAGUGUUGUUUGCAAUCUAUCAAAUGUGGGUAUGGGUUUCCCACCUUUAGAUGCGAAGCUUUUACUACUAUUUUAUCCAUCAGUGUGUAAUAGCUUAAGUUUCUCUAUCUACCGAUGCUUAAGUGUUUUUUUCAAGCGUCUUUCCUGUGUUGGCAUUUUGGGUUCUCACGUUAUCAGGAGUGGAGUAGAAAGGAGAUUCUAAUUUGAAAAAUAUUGAGAUAAAACGCCACUAUGAUGGUUUCAGCUUAUCCUCCUCGAGCCAAAAUUCUUCUGCACCAGCAAUCCCCGUUCAUCAACCUUUUUCGGUUUGUGGUUUUGCUUAGCUGUUUGUAUUCUUUUAUUGACCAUACAUAGCAAAGACGACGGUGAGUCGAACUCAAGUUUAACUUCGAGGGCAUCAUUAUCAGAAUCGCAUGCUCUUCGGAGGGGAUUCCCCUUGUAUUAUAUUAAAGAACAAAGACAUGAUAGCCACAGAGAUGGAAAAAGAUGAAGCCUUGCUAAAUCAGGCCGAUCUAGAGCCUGAGUACUGGUAAUAUGAGGAGGCUGCAUGGUCAAGAAGUCUGUAUAUGAACGUUUAAGGUUGUGUUGAACAAAGUGCAGUUUGUUGCUCCUUUUUUUUUUUAAGACAGGCCAGAAGGGGAAGAUAUACUUUGUCAGGUCAGAUACUUCACUACAGUUUACCAUGUAAUCAAUGUAAUAUAGACCGAGAUUGACCUAUGACAUAGUUAAACUUGGUGUUUAAUUUACUCCAUUCUGGGGAUGAUGCAUUUAGUCUUUGUAGUUCAGUACAAAGACUAAAAUAAAUAAAAUGGUGUUUAUGGCCCGAUGUUCUGAUG